ACGAGCUGUGGAGCACAUGUAGAUAUAAAAAAGAUAUAAAUAAAGAAUCGAUCAAAACAGUGUCGGUGUGAGCCAAUGUUUCUUUUUUCCCAGCUGAGUGCAAGCUAGAUUUCGGGCCGGAAAAAUUGGGAAGAGAGGAACCAAGGAAAGUAUAUACAGCAGUCUAAGUAAUAUCUAUCCGGCCGAUUGCCAAGCAUUGCAGAAGAAAAGACCUGUGUUUUUAGAGGACCGUGGCUAGGCCUUCUGGAGUAGAAUUUUCGACAGGUGAUCAAGGGAGGCUGGUCAGGGCAACUUUUCAAGAUGGUGGAAUCUUUGCGAGAGCGGGAAGUGCUUUAUAAACUCAUAAUAAGCCAGUUACGAUAUGAUGGCCUUGAUAUGGUAGCUGCAAAUUUAGCAAAGUGUGUUGGACUGGAAACAACUCCCCUUUCUCCAUCAUCAAGGCUCCUUGGACUAAUGAAGCUAGGUCUUCAGGAAGAAAAGAAUGGAAUUGUUCCUGAUAUGGAAACACCUCCUGGAUUAGUACCACCAAUUCCACCAGCAAGAGGACUGGAUCUAGAGUAUGAAACAGAAGGAUCAGCAACUGUACGACAAGAAAACCGUACACUUGACUCAAAUAGCUUGUAUACUGGGAUUUGUAACAAAGAAGUGUUUUUAAAUUUGAAAGAAAGUAUAGUUAGCGAGAGAACAUCUGAAAACCUUGGGAUUUCUGCUGAAACUACGAAUACUGGGAAAAUGGAUACUGCUGUAGAUGACGUCAAUGAUGAUGUGGAGAUCGAUCUUAAUGCUCAGCCUACAUUAAUUGCCUGUAAGGAUGAUGUGGGGACAGACCAUCGCACUAUGGGUGGACGAUGCAUUUUUGAGCUGGUGCGUUCCAGUAGCCAUAUUAUCCCUGAAGAUAAAACCACCGAUAUUUUAGACUCAGACAUUGAAAGUAAAGGAGAAGUACCAAAAAAGACCGAAGAAACGGCCGAUUUAAUAUUAUCAAGUAUCGUGGAUUUUAAUCCUAAAAACAAAGGGAAACUGACGGAUAAAAACAGACACUCGGCAGAAUAUAUUUCACGGGCUUUUAAGCCAUAUCGAGAGCAGCUUCGUUUUGAAAAUUUCAAGGACUUGGUUUCAGCUGAAGUGAUGAGUUUUGGAAUUAACCAAAGUAUAUUUUCAAAAGCUGUACUCAAAAGGUCCCAAGGCUAUUUAUCAGAUUUACUGAACCGUCAGGAAGCAAUAAUGAGCAUGGAGGAGCCGAGUAGAAUGUUCACUAAUUUUAUGAAAAUAAAAAGUUUUUUGGACCUCGAUGAGGCAGAACGACGUGUGCGCUAUUACGAGUGCGUGAAAGAAGCCGAGGCUGAACAGAAUCAAAAUGACAAAUAUUCCUUAUCAAAAGUUAAUCGUCGAAAAAAAAGAAUGUCAUUUUCUAAAGGCGUUAAAGAUAGUUUAAAAGCUUUAUUUAAAGACAGAAUGUCAAUGCCUGAUGUUGAUGAGCUGACGGAAAUUUCAGAAAAGUUUGGAUUAGAAUUGGCAACUGUCAAGAACUUUUUUAGAAAUUUCAAAGCUCGUUCGAAAAUUUCCGAAACGUUAUAGAUGUAAUUUUAGGCUAUAGAAGUAGAAUAAAACCUAGUUGUCAAGAAUUCGCCAGCUACGAUCUCAGUCAAGAGUCCUUUGAUGGCCGUAUAACUGAAGCUCUAUAGAAAAUGUAGCAGUAUUUACCCAAAGUAACAGAAAGUGCAACCCUCUCCAUAAUCUAAAACUGAUCAUUCUCCCAAUUGUCAACGAACAAUAGGGUCUCCGAAAAUGACAAAAGAGUGCUGUUCUCUUCCUCCUGUUGUCUUCACAAAAAAGCUAAAAAAAAUAUCAUACUUGAGUACUUUCCCCUCGACAAUCCUCAGACGAUAAAAUAAAAUCACCAAGGUACUUAUAUUUAGCUUAUAAUAAGUCAUUAUCGAAUAUUUUAUGCUCUUCUCAGGAUUGUCGAACAAAGAGUGCUUCGUGCAACCCCCAAACUUUGUUGUACCAAUGGCUUAUUUGCUCUUUGUUUUUAUCGGCCUUCUUCGGCCCUGUGGCCGAGAAAUUUCUCUCAACACGGCCCUUCUCCCCCAAAAAACAAUCUUGGCUACUAUUUUACGAGUUUUGUAUCGAAAUAGAAGGCAACAAAGGCGCUAAAAAUCGCAUAACAAGCAGUGUAUGGAGUAAAAAAGGGAAUUCUUUUGAAAAUGUUCAAAAUCAAAACCAGAUUUUUAACAGGUAUUGUAACGUAGAAGUUCUAAAACGUCCGAGAAAGGUUAGACUUAUUUAUUAAAGCAUAGAAUCUAUUUAUUUAUUUGUAUGUUGUUCACAAAUGGCAGUAUUAAAAGCAAGAUAAUAACACCAAAAAAUAGACAAACUUCUUUUUCCGAAUGCCCAUUCAAUGCAUUGAAAAAUCAGAGCUAUAGAUAAUAUAGAGAGAUAUUAAGACCUAUUUAUCAAUUCCUCGCUAUUAGAUUUCAAUUUUACAAUUAACUGUUGCAGCAAUUAGUCAUUGAAGAUAAUUUAGGCAACUUUAGUUAAUGCUGUCAAAAAGGAAACAUGAAAAUUUAGAGAAUUAAGUUGAGAAAUAUCAAGAAAAAUAUCGUCCUCUUAAAAGUUCACAAAUAAGACGAUAGGGAGAAUAGCAUAACAAUUUGUAUUAUAAAGAAAAGCGUUGAAACAAAAAUUAAAUAUAGUUAACUUUUAAAAUUCUUUAGUCUCAGUGAAUCCACAAAAUAUAUAAAAAAGGAUGUUUUUACCGUAAUGAAGGGUUUUUUCAGUUUAAGCAAUUUCACAUUGCCUGGUAAACAUUUAACCAUACUUUUAACGUAAAAUCCAUGUUAAAUAAGACAUUUACGAGACGUUAAACUACUCAGAUUCAAUGUUUCCGCCUGUUUUUAGAGUGCUACUCCCACAAGGAAAUAUUGUAUGGUAUCUACCCUAAAACUCUGAAUUUAUGCUGUGGUUUGUUGAUAAAGCUGAAAUCGAAACUUUCUCAAAAAUCUCUAAGUCUUAGUUUCGUUAAUAAAUACGUUUAUAUAUAAAGCAUGUUUAAACCUACAUAUGCUCUUGCAACCGAAGUUCACCGUCAACUGACGGUAGAGAGCUCAUGCAAGUCCAAGGUUAUGAUGCAGAUUAUGAAUCAUAUAUUGAUUAAUUGAUUGCCAUAUGAAAUGAAUGUCAUAUAUUGAUUAUUUGUAUUUGUUGUAAAUAGAACUCAAAUUUAUCAGACGAUUUGUAGAGAACGCUUUCUUAUUUGCAAUGGCCUAUGCAAUAGGUGAAUGCAAAUAGAUUUUAUUGUAGUGCUGACAUAAUUGCAAUAGCAUUGAAGCUUUGCUUUUCUGUCAACGCAUUUUAUUGAAGAAACAAAUUGAAUUCAUAACAUUCCCAUUCAAUGCUUUUUCGAUAAAAAUUCAACUGUUUUUUAUUCCAAUUCUUUUCCACCAUCUUUCAUUGUUUUGAAAUCAACUGUAAUGCCAAAUUGAUAUUUCAAAAACUGCUCUAUCUUAAAGAUAGAUAUAUUAUAUAGAUAUUAUGCAAAAUGUGUAAAACGCUUAAGCAAUGUGCGGGUUUAAAGUAUGAAAAAUAUAGUUUUAUUGAGAUUAUCUUAAGGAUUCGAACAUUAACGUGUUUUUGUCGUCUCGUUUCUAUCUACCAAUUAUGUUCUCCUUGAUUAUGGUUGCAUGAAGCUGUACCAUACAAAAUGGCCUAGUGCCAUAUUUUUGACUAUGUAUUCGAGGGAAAAUGAGGCUAGUCAAUAGUUUGAAAAAGACAAACAAUAUUGGAGCGCUAGUUAUCUAUGAUUCUUCAAUAAUUUAGUUUUAUUUAUAUAUUGUAGAUAUCUAAAUUUUGUGAUGUAAAUUGGUCAAACGGUCUCUUCUCAGAGCUUUUGAGUAUGGUUAGACCUAUGUGUUGGUUCUUUUUAGACAUUGGCAAGUUUUAGUUCUAGAGCUGGCUACACUACUAUAUUAGAAAUAUUGUAAUCACAGGGGUAAAAGGGUCUGAUAACGUAAUUGGGAAACUAUCUUAAAUCUUUUUUUUCUUUUUCUAAUUGCCGCCGUUUUCAUCCACCCACCCCUCCCCCUUUUCACCCUCCACUCUUUCCAGCAUAUCAUGACUGGCUUAUGACAAACUUGAUUUUUUCCUCCAGGUCUUUUGAUGUCUAUCUUGUGAUGAUAGAAAUAUUAAUGGCUAACACUAUUGCCA